AUGAGCGUCCGGCCCUCCCGACAGCGUGGGAUGAGGUUCACAGGUUGCUGGACAUGCAAAGCACGGAAGGUUCGAUGUGACGAAAGGCCACUAGCUUGUGGAAAUUGCGAGAAGCGAGGCAUUUCAUGUGGCGGCUACGAUAUCCGACUGCAGUGGAUGUCUGAUCCCUUCGCGCAGCCGAGCACGCCCGCUGCAUCUAGCAGCCAAGGGCGGAGAAGAAUCAUGCUUGGUAGAGAUAACUCAAGCCAUAAAUCAAGUGGUCGUCGAUUCCGGAUGCAGGAGAUUAACGAGUUCCUUUCUACUAUCGACAAGGACGCCGAGUCCAUGUUAUCGUCCAGAAAAGGCCCAUUCUCAACAUUUCCAACUAAACCUGGGUGUCAAGACCUCACAGAGACCUCUCAAAAGCCACAUCAAAAGCACACCAGUGUCUCCAACCGCUCGGUAGAAAGCCCGCAUGAUUGGGAAUGUGACGAGGUCGACCUGGAUCACCAUACCCCCGGGAUGCAACUGCAAGCCCUGAGCCCGAAUUCGGCUCUCCCUCUGAUCAUCAAUACACCUGAUUGGUCGGCCAUCACAAGCCAGGAUUUUGAUUCUGCCGUUAUUCAAACCAACAAUACAGCGGAUGUGGAAGGGUGCGCGGAUCGACCAAACACCUCGCCAAUUGCAGCAUCAGACAAUGACAACUUGACAGAAUCGAGUCCAUCUGUAUCCUAUGGGUACAAUGCACGAGACCAUUCAAUGGCCGUAGUACCAAUGUCCCCUUCGCCUCUGCCAGAAUCCAUCAGCCUUCCAAUACAACACAUUCGGAGUAGCCUCUUUGGAGAUACCGAGGCCGAUCUAUUAAUGCAUCACUACAUGAUUCAUGUUGCAGAUGUUCUUCAACCAAUCCUGCAUACCCAAAACCCAUAUCGCCGCAUAUAUGUCCCGACCGCGCUCGAGGGGGCAUGCAUCCGCGCAUCAGAUCACAAAAUGACCAAUGCCAAACCUCACUCGGCGCUUUAUCACGCACUAUUGGCAUCGGCAGCAUACCAUCUUUGGAACUGUGAUAAAGCGCAAAGAAAGUACCAAGAGAUGGGUGCUGAACACAGAUACCGAGCACUCCAUUCCUUGCAGGCUGCAGUCAACUCUCCAACGCCAGGGUCAGACCAUCAAAUUCUCCUGAUGGCAAUGCUGUCUCUUGUUAUGUCUGGGGAUGACCGUGACAUUAUGGUGCACCUCGGUGGCAUAAAGCAAUUGCGGGAUUCGCGCAGACGAUGGAGAAUCGUCAGCGGGGAGACUCGGCAACUCAAUCAAAUCAGCGCGUUCUUGGCCUUGAUGGCUCGAACGACUUGCUUUGUGGUCUCUCCAUCGCCUUGGAUUGGUAAUUAUCACGAACUUUCAUACACGGAGGACGCCGUCAUCAAAUCCGGCAGUUGCUUUGAAUUCAUGUACGGAAUCACGUCAAACACUGCAGCUGCGAUCCAAGAGACAUGCCGGUUAGCGGAAUUUCUGGCACAAUUCGACAACCAGGAAGAGGCCUCCAUACCAGACGAUCUUCUCGCGGCUUGUGAAGGUCUGGGUGACAGACUUCUGUCUUGGACGCUGGAAUCCGAGAAGAUGGCAUCCAUCCCAGCUAAUGACGGCGUGAUGUUGACAAUCUUCAAACACCAAGCAAGUGCAUGGCAUUAUGCAGCGCUGGUAUAUUAUUACCGCCGGAUUCAGCGCUACGACACUUCAGAUCUGGUGCAGGAAAUCAAGCUGGUGACCGAUCACGCACACGCCGCGGAGGACGCCAAGGUCACAUUAAAAUCCAACAGUACGAACAUCAUGGCUCCAAUCACAUGGCCGGUAUUUAUUGCUUCCUUGAAUGCCGCCGAGUCUCAGAGGGACGCGUGUCGGGCGUGGUGGGAAAGAAUACAACACUACGGAAUCGCAAACAUCCAGACGCAGUGGGACAUGGUGCAGCGAGCGUGGGAACGAGAGGAUGAAAUGCAGCAGAAGGGUUUCGGGACCAGAGAUUGGACAGCCGUUCUGGGUGAUUUGGGGACGCAUAUCUUCCCUGUAUGA